AUGACGACGACAUUCUCCCCAGCACUUCUGACAGAUUCUCCACCAAAGCCCCUACUAACUGACCGACUAGAACUAUAUUCGCUUCUGUUGGUUUUUGCUCUUGGGGCUCCGAUGAAUCUGGGCGCCUGGGUUCAGCAAAGGGAAAAGCCAACGAUUAGUCGAUUAGAUUUACUCAAGAAACAUCUAAACCAUGCUGAUUUAACAAUAAUAUUUGUCUACGUACCUUCCAGAAUCUGUUGGAUACUAACAUAUGAUUGGAGAGGUGGCGAUAUGCUGUGCAAAGUUGUCAAGUUUAUGCAUACUUUCAGUUUUCAAGCUUCUUCAAAUAUUAUUGUUUGUAUCGCCAUAGAUCGCUUAUUUUCCAUAUUAUGUGAUUCGUAUAAAUGUCCGACGAGAGGAAAGAAUCGAACAAGGAAAAUGCUUUUCAUAGCUUGGCUAUUGGCUGUCAUAAUUAGCUUCCCACAAAUACUUGUAUGGAAAAACUUUUUGGUAUUUCCUGAUCAUCGUUGGUAUCAGUGCAUGACGAUCUGGGAGGUUGCUCGUCACGAACGGAAAGCGAAAGAUCCAAGAUUAUUCGAUUUGGAAACGUUUUAUAGCAUUGCUCACAUAUGCCUUGUGUUUUGGAUCCCGGCUGUUAUCAUAGCUAUUUCUUACGUGAGUGUGUUAUCAUGGGUUUGGGUCAAUAGUCGAUCAACAAAUAAAGCAAAUCCGAUCGUUCAAAGACGAAGUGGUGGAAGCUUUGGUGGCGAAACAGCUGAGACAUUACUUACUCGUGCAUCAGAGUGGAAUCCUUUACGUAAUCUUUCAAUUUCGAAACAUCUAAAAGAUUCUACUGACGGCAAAGGCAUAGCUCUUAAUACGUAUGACCGACCACCACAAAUAAUUGUCUUGGACGAUAGUAAUGAACCUCUCACACGACCCUCAAUUACUCCAAGUGAAGCAAGUGCUGUAAUUCGAACAAAUGUUCAUACAAGCCAAUCUUAUUCAGCAAGUGUCACCCGAGCUAGAGCUUUCCGUAUUUCAUGUCUUUUAAUCGUAGCAUAUAUCGUCUGCUGGUUUCCGUACAACUUCUUAUCUCUCCUCCGACUACUGGAUCAGCAUUUAUUUAAAAAACUGGUGGAUAAUCUAUAUUUUGCGCAGCAGUUGAUGGUUUUUACGGCCGUGUUGAAUCCGUACCUAUAUGGUCAAGUGAGGAUCACAUGUACUCGUUGCUGA